ACACCAGAAAUGUUUCUAGCAAGAAAAAAAAUCAAUCAGAAGAAUCAGAAAAAAAACACAAAAUAAACCAAGAAAAAUAUCGUCUGUGCUUUUGCCCACCCUUUGGCCAUCAUGGCGGGCAGUGACCAGCCCUUCUUCACAGUUUUCCGUGAGUUGGCCAAGAAGCUGGACAAUCUCCCCACUCAGACAAACAGUUUGACCAAAUCUGAGAAGAAGCUUCAAUCUCUCCAUUAUAUCAAAGAGUUGUCAAAGAACUUAAGCGACAAAGUAUCGGAAUGCAACAAUUUAUACCAACAUCUACAGAAUUCUUAUGUCCAGUUUCGAAGCAUCACAGACUUAACUUCUAUGAUAAUGGAACAACAGAAGACCAUUAUCAAGGAGCAGGAAUCCUUCUUAGAAGAACAUGGUUAUAUUCCAUAUCGUGAGUGUUUUGGUUCUACCCCUGAGAAUGUAUCCAAUAAUGAUGAGCCAGAUGAGAAAGAAUCUCCACAGACGCCACAGUUGAAAGAUUUUGGAGUCAGCCAUUAUACAAUUGCUCAGUUGCAGAAACCCAACAACACUUGUAAUAAUUAUAACGAGUCUUACUCUAAUUACAACAACCAUGUUUCUACACCAGCCGAUUUCCGACAUAAUGGUUUAUUCAUGUCUCCAAGUGUCCUGGGUAAAAUUCCACCUCUUUUCACACCAGACACAAGCGUACUUAGAUAUGGUACCAAGUUGUAUAAGACUCCAAAUUACAUUGAUGUGGUGAGUUUUUCAAGCCAAAAGAAAGCCCGCUUGGAAGAGAAGCCAAGCCACAGCAUUCGUAAGAAGCUGGAGAUGCCAAUAAGUGAAGAACCAUCCAGUAAGAAACAGAGUUUGGAACCACCACAGUUUAAUAACAGUAACUCACAGCAGUACCUGGACUCUGAUGUGUUCUUUCUGCCUUCAACACCACAAUCAGGAAACAGGAAAAUUUUGGUGAAUUACUCAAAAGGCUAUGCUGUUGGUGAAUUACCAAUGCAUCCAGUCUUAACAACACGGACACUGAGGUCACAUGCUUCAAAAGCAGACCAGCAUGAUAAAUCUGUUGAGCUUCAAAACCCAGAAACACCAAAAUUGGAGAUUGUGAAAGAGCUCGAUUUACCAACCCCUCCUUUACUUCAUACAACCUUCAUAAGUACGGAACCAGGCUCAAUACGCAAAGGAUCCAAGAGUUUUCUGCCAAACUCAUCUCUCUUCCUCGGAACUGGUAAAGAGAAUUUAGCAGAUGUGGAUUUUAUUCCAGAAGCUCCAAAACUGAAUAUGAACUAUGACAGUAAGUGCCGCAGGACUAGAACCAAGAAAGAAUUGCCACUUUGAGACAUGAAAGAAAAAAAGGAAAAUAAAAACAAACAAGUAAAACGAAUCUAAAAUAUUUUUUACUCUUUAAUAAAUUCUUUGUUUCAUUAGCUGUUCUAAUAAAUGUAAUUCCAAGACCUUCAUCAGAAGGUCUGUGGGUUAAAAUGUCAGCUUCCCAGCCACAUGGUUUCAGUUUUAGCCUAAAUGCAGGGCACUUUGGACAAGUGGCCUCUACUAUGGCUCCUGGCCAAUUAAAAAGCCUGUGUGAAUGGAUUUGGUAAACAGAAAAAUCUGAAAGAAUACUGUUGUGUGUGUGUGUAUAUAUCAUCAUUGUUUAACGUCCAUUUUCCAUGCUGGCAUGGGUUGGACGGUUUGACUGAGGACUGGCAAACCGGUAGGCUGCACUUGGCUCAAAUCUGAUCUGGCAAGACUUCUAUGGCUGGAUGCCCUUCCAAACGCCAACCACUCUGAGAGUGUAAGAGUGUAAUGGGUACAUUUUUGGUUUUUACCCUACCAAAUUCUGGUGCCUCAAACAUUUUAAGUACCACAUUUAAUCUUUUCAUUAAAUCUAUAUUAUUAUUAUUAUAUAUAUAUAGUUUGCUUCCUAACCACGUGAUCUCGGGUUCAGUCCCAUUACAGGGUUCCUUGGACGAAUGUCUUGUACGAUAUUUGUUGUUCAUAUUCAUGAUUCUCACAGUUAUCUCCCUUAACUCGUAUUCUUUAUAUGUUAUGUUGUUUGGUGCAUAUAUGGUUACGUGGUUACUGCAUGGUGGCUUGGGGAGGGAACUCUCCUAUGGCCCCCUCACCAGCCGAUGCCUUUGGAAUGGAUUUAAAAGGCAGAAACCACAUGGAAGCCCAUGGUGUAAGUUUCAUCACCGUAGUCAUCAUUUAACAUCUACUUUCCAUGCUGGCAUGAGUUGGACGGUUUGACAAGAGCUGAAGGGCUGUUCUGCCUCCAUGUCUGUUUUGGCUUUGUUUUCUACAUCAGGAUGCCCUCCUUAAUGCCAACCACUUUACAUAGUGUCGUGGGUGCUUAUACGCAGCACCAGCAUGGAUUGCUUUUUACAAGGCACCAGCACCCACAAGCCUGCAAGAUUAGAAAUGCUCAGCUCGAGAGGGAUGCAGGGACAAGCCUGUAUGCAAGGACCACCACAUAUUUACUUAGUGUGACAUGUCUUCUUAAGCACAGCAAACUGCCAGAAGUCUCAGUCUCCUGUCAUCCUCAGCCCUACCCCUAUUUAUCAUUUUAAUGUCCAUUUGUCCAAGCUUGCAUGGAGAUACGAUAGUUUGACCAAAAGAACUGGCUAUUGCAAGCAAAAAUAAAUAUUGCAAAAAAAAAAAUGCAUUUGGCCAAAUUUGGACAUACAGCAGUUUAACAUAAUAGCAACGAUAUGUAUACAACACGCUUUUUUUCAUUUUCUGUUUCCCAAAGCCACUUUGGACAGCCUAAGGCUAUAAAAGAAGACACUUGCCCCAAGGUGCUGUGUAGUGAAACCAAAAUGAAAACUAUGAACGGAUCGCCUUAAUCCACAGUUGUGCCUCUGCCCAUGUGUGUGUAUAUAAUACAAGAUUUGUCCUUUGUUGAUGUGUGUGUAUAUAUAAUGUGUUUAUAACAAUUCAACACUUAUUUUACAAUGAAAUUUACUUAACGAAAAUACAAUUAUUAAAUCAAGAUAUUAUAAUGCAUGCAUUUUCAUUGCA